AUGGGGCUGCUGGAUAAACUGUCGGGCUGGCUCGGCCUGAGGAAGAAAGAGGUCAACGUUUUGUGUUUGGGACUGGACAACAGCGGCAAAACUACUAUCAUCAACCAACUCAAACCAUCUAAUACGCAGGCACAAGAAAUAGUCCCAACAAUCGGUUUCAACAUUGAAAAGUUCAAGAGUUCAAGCCUGUCUUUUACAGUCUUUGAUAUGUCUGGGCAGAGCAGAUAUAGAAACCUAUGGGAGCAUUACUACAAAGAAAGCCAUGCCAUCAUAUUUGUCAUUGACAGCGGUGACAAACUGAGAAUGGUUGUUGCCAAAGAGGAGCUAGAUACUCUUCUCAAACACGAAGAUAUCCGCAGCAAAAAGAUGCCAGUCUUGUUCUUCGCUAACAAGAUGGAUCUGCGCGAUGCCAUGUCUUCUGUCAGGGUCUCACAGAUGUUGUCUUUGGAGAACAUCAAAGACAAGCCUUGGCACAUCUGUGCCAGCGAUGCUAUCAAAGGAGAGGGCCUCCAGGAAGGGUUGGACUGGCUACAAGGUAAAUGUGUCUGUUCAGUCAAUUUAAUUCAACUGCUAUACUGUGCCAAAACAAAAGGCAAUGUUCAAAUUGCGCACAGAAUUUUGGUCCAUUGUUAAGUGCUGUCUGUAUUAAGAUGACUUUUUUUAUACCCAUAGAACAAAUUGCACAGUAAGUAUCAUCCUGUAUCAUGUCGACAUGUAAUGUGAUUGUGGUGGUAGAUUGUAUCUCUCUGGAUGGGAUUCAAAUCAGGCAGAAUGAGCACUGGUGUUGUGAAAAAAUCAUAAAAUAUUUAAAUCACACCUUUCCUACAGAUAUAAAUCCCAUCCAAACAGGGCUUUGUGUGGUAUAUACUGUAGUGUUCAGUUAUUUUUGUCCUUGUCCGGUUUGAAUGUAAAUCUUAUGUGUUAUGUACGUUUCCUGAUGUUACUACCCGUCGUAUUUUUUCCAAAAAUGUCACAAAGAUCAGAUGUUUUUAAAUUCUUGCAAAAAAAAUGGUGAUUUGUAUCAGUUACAAAUCAAAAUCAGUAAUAUACAAACAAAGCACAACCAGAUUUCAUAAGAAAUAUAAUUGUUUGUUUGUUUCUUGUGCCAGAUCACAUCAAAACAAUGAAGACAUGAAUAAUUAAAAUGCCUGUGGCCAUGGACGCGAUAUGGAUGUAAUCUAAUUUACAAUUUGGAGAAGUCCUGCGAACAGAUUACUUUGUAUAUGACUACUAAAUAAAGUGAUCUUUAAAGCGCCCACUAUUAGUGAGUUACUUGUUAUACGUCAUUACUGACACAUGUGAGUGUCUGAAUAAUAUACUAUAAACUGAAAAUAUCCUUAAUGUUGUUUCUGCGUACAGUAACAUUUAAACUAUUUCUUUUGAAGCUGCUACUUUUUUAUUUCAUGACAUUUAAUUGAACAGAUUUCAUAAUUUCUUUGAAAAUGCUGAACAUUGUAUUAC